AUGCCCUCUCUCACAGUAGCAGUCGCCCAGUCCCGCACACACGACUCCCUAAUCGAAACUCUCCGCGCCCUCGAACGAACAACAGCCCUCGCCGCCCGCCGCGGCGUCCACCUCAUCCUCUUCCCGGAAGCUUAUCUAGGCGGAUACCCGCGGACAUGCACCUUCGGGUCCGCAGUGGGAAGUCGACACCCGCGCGGCCGGGACCAGUUCCUCGCGUACUUCAAGGCGGCCGUUGAUCUAGGCGAUACGCCGGCUGGGGCCGGGGAUGAGUGGAUUGGUCGUAGGCUGGAGAUUGCGGAGGGGAAGACGUUCCGUGGCGACGGGACGAGGGAGUGUCUUGAGCGUGUUGCGAGGGAGACUGGAGUGUUUAUCGCUACUGGGUUGGUGGAGAGAGCUGGGGGCAGUUUGUAUUGUGCUGUUGUUUAUGUUGAUCCUGUUAGAGGUGUGCUGGGGAAGAGGAGGAAGAUUAUGCCGACGGCCGCCGAGCGCAUGAUCUGGGCUCAGGGUUCUCCCUCAACCCUCCGCGCCGUCACAACAACCCUAAACGGUAUCCCGGUAACAAUAGCAUCGGCAAUCUGCUGGGAGAACUACAUGCCCCUCCUACGUCAGAGUCUGUACUCCCAGAACGUCAAUAUCUAUCUCGCUCCCACGGCUGACGCCCGCUCUACCUGGCUCCCGCUUAUGCGCACCGUCGGCAUAGAAGGCCGCUGCUUCGUGCUCUCGGCCAACCAGUGCGUGCGCGGCUGCGAGCUGCCGGAGUGGAUUACCGGUGAGAAUACGGGUCCAAGUCCGAAUCCAAGUCCAAAUCCAAAUCCGAAUCCUCCUAUGCAUAAAUCGCAGAAUCCGGGAAGGAAAUUGUCCAUCACUGCUGAGGGUCCGCACGAGAUUGUCUGGCCACAGGCUCACAUUCAGUCCCAGGCCCAAACCCAAGGUCAGGGUCAGUCGGAGAAUUCGUCCGCGCAAACUAAGCAUCCCCUGGCUCCUUCGGAAUCGGUAUUGGAUUAUGUCUGUCGUGGUGGAAGUUGUAUCGUCUCACCACUUGGAGAUGUUCUUGCCGGGCCGCUGUGGGAAGUCUGCACGGAUGACGUGCCGGAUAGUAGCGAUGCUGCUGUGGCUGAUUUCGCGCCUGGCAUGUCAGCUAGUGAGUUUAGUCCUGCUGUCGCGGCGGGUGAUGGGUUGGCUAUUUCGCGCAUUGAUUUGGAUGAUUGUGAGCGUGGACGGCUUGAUCUCGAUGUUGCUGGGAGUUAUUCACGUGAUGCGUUUAAAUUCGAGGUUGAGGGGUUGGAUCUGGCGCCGCCGCCUUUGUAG